GCGAGGGGUGUACUUUCUCGACUUUCUAAACUCCUUCCGUAGUCUUACCGCUGUACAAAUCAAGUGUACAACGAUUACAGUGGUCAGUGAUCGACGUUUAAGUUUUUACUUUACUAAAAAAAUUUGUCAAUUUAUAUUUGAAUCUAUUAUUGUAUGUUUUCAUCUUAUCACGUUGCCAUUAUACGAAUCCAGUACAUAAGGUCAUCUUUGAAAAGUGAAUCACUUCAAAGUCUUAUGUAAAUAGACAUUUUCAUGACGAUAUGAUGAAACAUACUUGAUGAACCGGCAAAAUGUUGGCACCAACAGUCAUUGUUCAACCGUCAUCCCGUCCAUCCAGUACAAUGGGAGAACGGGACAAUAUUCCAACAGAUCCCAGCGAAGAAAAACAUGAACCAAAUGUGAAAGAGAUUGUAGCCCCUGCCAGAUUAAAUGUUCCACAACCAGACAACAAGUCUGAAAGUGAAGAUGAAGAGUUUCAAGAAAUAACAUCACGUCAGACCCAACAAAUGGGACAUACUGGUCCUGCAGGAUACUGGCAGAGUGUACCUAAUAGUAGAGUUGCUAGUCCAGGAAAUGAUAAUGGAAGUGAAACGUCUUCGGUAAUGCCAGCUGCAGUUCCUGGAUUAGCUGCAUCUAGAGUAGCUAAAGAAAAAUACAAUCAUUUAUCCUAUUGGAAAGCAAGAAAAGUAACAUUUUUUAAAAAUGGUGAUUUAUACUUUCCGGGAUUAGAACUGCGCUUCCGACCCGGAAGAGAUAUUAGUAACUUAGAAGCAUUAUUAGACAAAUUAUCAACACGAAUGGAUUUACCUCGUGGUGCACGAUAUUUAUUUUCUAUGGAUGGCAUCAGGGUUGUCAGUUUAGAUCAGUUAGAAGAUGAUCAAUCGUAUGUGGUAUCAUCUUAUAAAAGUUUCAAGAAUACAAAUUACGGUAAGAAAUCUGGAGGAUGGAACUCAACUACUACUCCGGCCACUGGUUCGGGUUGGUCGAGACAAUCGUCUAUAAGCAGAAAACAGUCGAUAGCUGACGCUAACGAUUUGACUUCAGCUACUUCCGGUCUUAAUAUAACUAAAUCAUCUACCAAUAGAGUAAUAAGGAUCAUUAAUAAUUUCGACCACACGGUGCAGUGCCGUGUUUUACUAAAUCUGAGAACCACUCAGCCUUUUGAAGAAGUCGUUGAAGACUUAGGACAUGUGCUCAAAAUGAAUAACGCUAAACGAAUGUUAACCGUCUCAAAUCAAGAAGUGCGUAGCUUUUCUCAACUAAGAAAUGAGUUUUCUGACGUGGAUACGUUUUAUAUUACGUCUGAAUCACGUGUCCUCUCGCCACCAUUUAGAAGAUCGAGAUCCAGAGGGGCACUAGCCGUUGAACCGAUUAUAAAUACAGUACCUACAAAAUCAGAAAAACAAAGAAGAGCUAGAAGUAAAAGCCGACCUAGAGCAUUAUAUGCAGCUGAUGCAGAUAUUGUGAAAGUGCCUCCAGACUACACGGUCUUAGAUGUGAUGAAAGAAGAACCAAUUCGCGUGCAAAUAAGAGGAGCGAGAAAAACAUAUUUUCCUCCAAUGGUUCAUCCUCCAGCAGAUGACUCACCACCUGAUAAAAGAUUAACUUUAAACUGGGUUCAUGGGUAUCGAGGAAUUGAUACAAAAAGAAACCUAUGGGUUUUACCUACAGGAGAACUCUUGUAUUACGUAGCAGCUGUAGCCGUGCUUUACGAUAGAGACGAAGAUACACAGAGGCAUUAUAUUGGACAUACAGAAGAUAUUCAAUGUAUGGAUAUACAUCCUUCGAAAGAAAUGGUAGCUUCAGCUCAAAAAGCUGGCAGAACACGUAAAACACAAGCUCAUAUCAGAAUAUGGAGUCCUGAAACACUCUAUACUUUAUAUGUAGUUGGCAAUGGAGAAUUCGAAGAAGGAGUUAGCACAUUAGCAUUCUCUCAACUUACUGGAGGAAAUUACUUAUUAGCUGUCGAUUGUGGAAGAGAAAAAAUGCUAUCUGUAUGGCAAUGGCAAUGGGGCCAUUUAUUAGGAAAAGUGGCUACUAUGCAAACUGAUGAUAUCCUAGGAGCAGCUUUUCAUCCUUUAGAUGACAAUUUAAUGAUAACUUAUGGAAAAGGACAUCUAACAUUUUGGACCAGGCGGAAGGAUGGAUUUUUUGAAAAAAUUGAUAUCAUAAAAGCGCCUUCUAGGACAGUUGUUACCAGUUUACAGUUCGAACAAGAAGGUGAUGUAAUUACAGCGGAUGGUGAUGGAUUCAUUACUAUUUAUUCUGUGGACAGUGAUGGCGCAUAUUACGUCAGGAUGGAAUUUGAGGCACAUAACAAAGGUAUCAAUGCUCUUAUAAUGUUACCAGAAGGUACUCUUUUAUCUGGAGGCGAAAAAGAUCGAAAAAUCAUAGCGUGGGAUUCAUUACAAAAUUACAAUAAAAUUACAGAAACUAAGCUAACAGAAGUUUAUGGUGGUGUAAGAAGUUUAUACCCUCAACGACCAGGAAGAAAUGAUGGAAACAUAUAUGUAGGCACAAUCAAAAAUCAUAUUUUAGAAGGAUCAAUGCAAAGAAGAUUUAAUAGAAUAAUAUUUGGCCAUAGUAAACAACUAUGGGGUUUAGCUGUCCAUCCAGAUGAUGAACUUUUUGCUACAGCUGGUUAUGAUAAAAAUAUUUGUCUUUGGAAAAGACAUACUUUAUUAUGGAGCACCCAAAUUGCAUAUGAAUGUGUUUCACUUACUUUUCAUCCAUUUGGUACUGCUCUUAUGGCUGGUUCAGUUGAAGGAUAUUUGAUUAUUUUAAAUGCUGAAAAUGGUUCUGUGGUAUCUAGCGUUAGAGUGUGUGGUUCUGCCUUGACGUGUAUGGGUUUCAAUCCAGCCGGCGAUACAAUAGCCGUUGGCUCUCAAAAUGGUAGUGUAUAUCUAUAUCGAGUGAGCAGAGACGGUUUCACAUUCAAAAAGUCCAAUAAAAUUAGAGGCGUUCAACCACUAGUGCAUUUGGAUUGGAGUACGGAUGGAAAUUAUUUACAAACAGUUUCUACCGAAUACGACUUAGUUUACUGGGACGUAAAAGGAUUAAUUCAAGAAAAAAGUGCACUUGCAAUGAAAGACGUUAAAUGGUACACAUACAACGCAACUAUAGGCUACUUGAUUUCAGGUAUUUGGCACAACAGAUACUAUCCAACUUCGUCAAUGAUAAGCACUGCCAACAGAUCUGCUGCUCAUGAUCUUUUUAUAACUGGAGACACUGAUGGAUAUCUUAGAUUAUUCAGGCAUCCGUGUAUAUUUACCAAAUCCGAAUACAACGAAGAAAAGGUUUAUAGUGGACAAGUAUCGAGUGCCAGAUUUUUGUACAACGAUCGAAACGUGGUAACUGUUGGAGGAACGGAUGCGGCCCUUAUGUUAUGGGAUGUCAUAGAAGAUUAAGUACAAAUCCGCUUUAUAAAUUUUCAUUUAUAUUUUUUCGACUCGAGCACAAUUCGAAUUCUUCGUCAAAUUUUUCGCUCUGGCCCAGUGCCGUCGUGAUGAGAUUAGAGAUAUAUAUGGAUGGAUUAAAUAAUUUACCAGCAUUUAAAAACCUGCCUUACUUUUAACGUAAAGAACGUCAGAAGAAAAGAAUCCUAAAACAUAAUGCAAUUUAACGGUUUUGAUAUAUUAUCGAUGCCUAUAUAUAGUGGAAGUUACCGUUUUAAUAAUAUUAUCAAUCACAUUAAUUUAUUUUUUUUCUUGUCCUAAUAUAUUUUAUUGAUAUCACUGCUUAAUUUUAUAGUAACGCAACAUUACAUUUUUAAUGACAAAGAAAUAUUUUCAUGAUUUGUAAAUCAGUAUAUAAUGGAUUUUGUUUGAAAACAAUUAUAUAAAAAAAUAUUUUGGAAAUUUCAGUUCAGAUCAUUUAUAACGAUCGUACAUUUAUCGACACCUUUUCACUAUAUCAGUAUCAUAACCUCACUGCCUGGCAUUUUAACAUUAUAAUUAGACAUGUUGAUAUAUAAUGUUUUUAAUUUGUAUACUUAUAGUUAAUACAAAUGAAAAUAAAGUUUAUUAAUUUUGAAUUUUUUUACUUUAUUUAAUUUAUUUUCCUAACCUGUAACACUAUAGAAAAAAACUGUACGUAACAUUAAUACCUGUAUAUAACUGUAUGUACCUUUAACCUAUGCGUAUAUUAGUAACGUUUCAUAAAUUAUAUUGAUUACUUACUUGAUUCAAAAGUGUAUAGUUCCUACAUCCGUAUAUGCCUCCUAAACUUGCAGUAUAACUGUGAGAAAUCGAAGGAUAAAUGAAAAUUAUUUUUCUUACACAAAUCGUCGUAACUAAAUACAAGUAUA